GCAGGCUAAAGGAACUCAGAUACAUCUGGUGAUCACUCUCGACCACCGCCGACGUGGUAGCUAGCUGGAAGUCGAUCUUUCUUUGAGACCUGACGCAAGAUGAGUGGCCAGGUAACAGCAGUCGUGUUCGCAGCGUCUGUCCUAGCCUUGCUAUCUGCCUGCUCAGCAGUAGAAGUCGAGGAAGGCUCGUGUCCGGAGAAGAUGGCGAACAGCAACGUGAACAACAUCACGGUCGUGGCUCCGCUCGGACCGAAGGGGGACGUCGGGCCGCCCGGACCGAGGGGCGUUCGCGGGGAGCCGGGAGAGGUGGGUCGCCCGGGGAAGCUCGGACCUCGCGGCUUGGAGGGCCAGAAGGGUGAGAGAGGUGCUCCUGGAGAGAAGGGCAGCAAAGGCGAUGAAGGAGUAAGUGGGGGAGCUGUGUAUGUCCGGUGGGGGCGGACAUCGUGCGAGGAGGGUGGUGCAGGCACGGUGACGGUGUACUCUGGCAUGGCCGGCGGAGCGUGGUACAACCAUAAGGGCGGCGGCAGCAACUACCUGUGCCUGCCUGCAGACCCCGAGUGGGGCUGGCACAAGGACGGUCUACAGAACAGCCGGGAGUCCUACAUGUACGGUGCGGAGUACCAAAUCGGGCUCGCGGGCUCUCCCUACGACCCCGGCACGAUCCACGACCGUAACGUGCCGUGCGCCGUGUGUCACUCACCGUCCCGCCGCGCGCAGCUGAUGAUCCCCGCCCGCCAGACCUGUCCUGGAGGAUGGACGCGGGAGUACGGGGGCUACCUGAUGACUGCUUCCCACGGCCACAGCCGCACGGAGUUCGUGUGCAUGGACGGGGAGCCCGAGGCGCUGCCCGGCGGGGAGGGGAACGAGGACGGCGCGCUAUUCUACGUCGUGGAGGCCCGCUGCGGGUCGCUGCCGUGCCCGCCGUACGUGGAAGGGAGAGAGCUGACCUGCGUGGUGUGCACCGUGUAGACAUCACCAAAACACAAACUGGACAGUCGUUAUUUUUCCUGAAUGCCAAAAGUUCCGUGCUGGAAACCUUAAGAACCAAACGUAUUACUGACUGCUUCACUGUGAUAUUUCUACUGUAACAUGUCAACUUAUAACGUGGGGUAAACUAUAUCCGUUGUUUUCAUUAAUGGGUAUUUAGGGAUAUCAAGUCGGCGGACGAUACUUUCAAACUACAAUAUUUUGAACAUAUAACAGUUUGAAACCACCGUCCGUCCAGUUGAUAUGCUUAAAUACCAUGUUGCUUAAUACGACGGAUAUAGGUUACCUUGCGAAUAAAGGUGAACUAGCGUUAUAUGUGGAUUUGAUAGAUAUUUCAAGUAAUGUCUUUCAUUCAAAACUUUUAAAACUUUUGAUACAUUACAUGUAUGAAGUGCCAAAUCAUGUCAUCAUGUAUGAAGGGAUUUUGUACAUGAAUUGAAGCUAUGGAAGAAAGAGUAUAGU